ACCAUCGUCAUCAUCAUGAACACCAUGAGGACUCUACUGCUGGCCGCCCUAUGCUGUGUCUGCUUGGCUCUUCCAUUCCCGGGAUCGUACAGGAAGAGAAGAGACACAGGAGAUGGGCCAGGUCCGGAGCCGACAGCACAAAACAACUCUGUAGAAGAAUUCACAACUAACAGUCCGGAGCCGCCAGCACAAAACAACUCUAUAGAAGAAUUCACAACUAACAGUCCGGAGCCGCCAGCACAAAACAACUCUAUAGAAGAAUUCACAACUAACAAUGCCCAGAGGAAUCAGAGCUGGUUUGAUAACAUUUCUGAAGUCAACAAUGGGACCGUCAUCGUUGGAAAAUAUUUAAUCCGAAAUCUGGACAUCGCUUCUAGAAUCGGCAGAAGUGACAUCGUGACAUUGACAAAAGUUGUUAGAUGUCCGAAUAAUAUCUGCUUGUGGCCCAAGUCUUCUGAUGGAUUUGUGUACAUCCCUUACGCCAUAUCCAGUGGUUUCAGCUCCUAUAGCAAAAUCGUCAUUUCAUCCUCCAUAAGUGACAUUGAGGACGCCACCUGCAUUCGCUUCAGACCGCAGACAUCAGAGAAGGACUACAUCAACUUUCAGCCUACUCAAGGGUGUUGGUCUUCAAUGGGUAUCACUGGCGGUGCGCAGACCGUCUCUCUGGAACAACCCUCAUGUUUGUGGUCAGGCAUUGUCCUACAUGAGGUUCUUCACGCUCUAGGUCUUAACCAUGAACACGUGAGAACUGACCGGGACGGCUACGUACAAGUUCAGUGGAAUAACAUCCAGAGCAGUGCGAAGUCUAAUUUUGACAUAUCUGACACCUAUAACGAAAAACUUACUGCUUAUGACUAUUACUCCAUCAUGCACUACACCAAUACGGCGUUCUCCUCUAAUGGUCAGCCGACCCUCAUCCCUAUACCCGACAAUACUAUCCAGUUAGGAAAGUAUUUCUCCAUGAGCGAAUUGGAUGUCUUGAAAAUAAACACGCUAUACAAAUGCAAUACUACAACUACCAAAACAACUCCAAUCACCACGACUACCACUGCAUCUACGACUAGAACCACAAGAUCCACCACCACCACUACCAUAAAACCAACCACAAGAUCCACAACCACUACUACCACAAAACCGACCACAAGAACAACUACUACUACUACAACCACCACGACCAACACUAUCCCUAAUGGUUGUGGAGGGAACUUGUCAGGACCUGAAGGUGUUAUCACAUCUCCGAAUUAUCCCAACAAUUACCCUAAUAACGCUUACUGUCACUGGAACAUCACCACCAAUACAAGGUUCAGAGUCACCUUCACAGACUUUGACAUUGAGAGCGAGAGUUACAACUGUUUGUUUGACAAGUUGAGGAUCUUCAAUGGACGGGACUUCAAUAAUGUGUAUCAGCUCAAGGAUCUCUGCGGGCAGGAUAUCCCAUCACCCAUUACUUCCUUUGGAAACUCAAUGCAGCUUGUCUUCAUCUCUGACUCACAUGUCGUACUGAAAGGAUUUCGGGUGGUCUACAAACACAUUUAGAGGAUUGUUUUGUUUAACUGAAAGUGUCGUCUAUGGAAAGAGAACAUCUACAGAACAUUGUAACAUUCGUACAAGACUCAGGCCCCUCUCCUAAGAGACCAGACUCCAUUCUGCUCCUGUUCAUUUAAGGCACUUGUCUCAUGUUCUACAUGUUCUUUUGUCUAUUGUAUCCUUCAUGUA